GCCAGCUAGUGUGAAGUGACUUGAGUAAUGGCUAGAGGGGACACGAGAUAGCAAACGAGCUUACAAUUAUUCGCUUAUUUUUAUUGUUUUAUCGAUACUGGAAGUCCAGCUGGUAUUUGUCUUACUCGGUGUUUAGCUCGAGGGCUCGGUUUGGGCUCGCUUCUUUUGUUUACAUCCAUACUGCAUGCAGUGGAAUGGCUGAAGUGCCGCCUGGGCCUAACACACUGCCUGCGUCCUCGGCCGAAAUUAUAUCGCUGCCCGUGGAUGGCUGCUCGUUCCUGGGGAACAAUGAGACAUUGGACCGCGGCCGAGGAGACGUUAUAGCUCCGGGGACAGAGGCGCAACAAGCCACUGAGCCCAAAGGGAUCGUUAAACCGAGCCAGAACAGCGUCCAUCACCUGAACUCGCCUGCUCUGCUGUGUUCCUCACCGGCCCAGCUCAACGGUAUCGCCAGCCAUCCGGAGCACGACGAGCACCGCGGCCAUAAAACCGCUCAAAACCACGUCCAGCAUCGAGCUCACAGAGCGCCCGACUGUCAGCACAUCGCCUGUGAAUAUGUGGACAGCUUCGACGAGCGGGCAAACAGGAAAUUAGCGUAUAACAACCGCGACAGCUCGCUACCCAGUAACGGAGUCGACUCCCCCGAUCCCCCGGCCCUAACCGAGUCCGGCUCUUCGGAGAGAGAGAGUCCAUGUCUGAAAGCCGAGCUCGGCAGGACUGUGUGUCGCUCCGAGUGUACCGAUAAUGUGCAGACAUCAGCAGGGGACAGAGAGCGAGGCCCAGGGCCGCAGGGAGACGGUGCUGUGGAGGCACCACUAGAGGAUCAGAUAGCGAAGCUGUCAGUGAGCACACAGGCAGAGGAUCACAGCCCCAUCACUUAUGUGAGAUACGAGUCCGAGCUGCAGAUGCCGGAUAUAAUUCGGCUGAUAACUAAAGACUUGUCCGAGCCUUACUCCAUAUACACUUAUAGGUACUUCAUUCACAACUGGCCUCAGCUCUGCUUUCUGGCAAUGGUGGAGAAAAAUUGUGUUGGUGCCAUUGUAUGCAAGUUGGACAUGCACAAGAAGAUGUUCAGACGGGGAUACAUUGCCAUGCUCGCUGUGGACUCCAAAUUUCGCAGGAAAGGCAUCGGUACAAAUCUUGUUAAAAAGGCCAUAUAUGCCAUGGUAGAAGGGGACUGUGAUGAGGUGGUGCUGGAGACCGAAAUCACCAACAAAUCAGCCCUAAAACUUUACGAGAACCUGGGCUUUGUCAGGGACAAGCGGCUGUUCAGAUACUAUUUAAAUGGAGUGGACGCUCUCCGGCUCAAGCUGUGGCUACGCUGAGUUCGCCUGUGACGUCCUGGACUGUCCCUCAAAUUUCUCUGUCCUCCUGUCCCUGUGUCCAAGUGAGUACGUAGAGUUGGCCUCCAGCAAGCCACAACAGGGAGGCAGACGCAUGAAAAACGAGAAAAAAAUGUAAUAAAGAGUUUUACGAACCUUUCUCCGUGCGAGAGAAGUUAUUGCAAAAAAAGAAAAAAAAAAAAAGAAAACAACAACAAAAAGGGGGUGCUAAUAUUUAAAACAUCCACUGACUCUGAAGAGGAAAAGUUUUUGGAUUUUACUGUUGUCCAAAAGCCUGAUUGCAGGUCGUUGUGUGAACGCAGGACAUUAGCAUCACCUCUAGGAGUUGUGUUGAACUGGAUCGGGCUAAGGGAAAACAAACAAGGCAUCAACCUCUAUUCUUUUAUUUUUUAUGAGUAAUUGUAAAUGAGGGGUGGAAAAUAAACUUCUACAGUCAAAACAAAUUAAACCCGCGGAAAAAAAUAGAAGCUACACUAACAAAUCUGAUUUAUCUUUUCUUUCCCUUUAUUUUUGUUUUCUUCAGAAAGGGGGUUUAUUGGGAUGUUCUGAUUGUGUUAGAAGCCAAAGCAGUGGCUUGUGUUUGUGUAUGUGUGUUUGUGUGUGGGGCUAAUCUUUUAUGUGUGUUUUAUUCCCUAUAUUUGACCAGACCAAGCUCUUUUCAUUGUAGGAACACAGCUGCUUAAGCCAGAUAUGCACUUCUCGAUAAAGGAAGACACAUCAUUGCACUCAGAGAUAUUGUCCAUACAUACAAAGCCACUAAAUUGUUCAAAAUGGUGAAAGUAAAUCGGCUGUUACCAGAAAUAACUGUCUGCUACUAAAUUGUGCCAGAAUUAUCCUAUUCUUCUCUUCACCGGUUUUCUUUAGAUUGGGCACAUACAACUCCAGUCCUCCAGUUUGUUGAUUUUCAGCUCCUAAAACUAGUAAUUGUUUGAGCCCGAUGGUCUUGAGAAGAAAUCACCAAACUGUGCCCAUCAGUUGAUUUACAAUGUACUGCAUUUUGUUUUAUGCAUUUAUUUUUUUUUUGGCUUGUUUUUUUAUUUUUAACAUUUAUGAGCAGGUCUGAUUAAACUGUUUUUCAUUUUAUUUGCAUAUUCACCAUUCAGCACCAGAAACAUGCAAGCAAAAAAUUAUCCAUCCAUCUUUAUUAAAUGUCAGGGUGUUUUUAAAAUCAAAGAAAAUGAAUUACUGAAAGAGAUUCCCUUAAUACAAUGAAUAAAUUAUUCAACAACA